AUGGAUAAAUUAUUUACGAUAAAUAUAAAUCGAGAUGAAAAUGUUCGCUUAUAUAAAACAAAAGAGAACCAUGAAUAUAUAAAAAUAGGGUGCGAAGAUAUAAGUGAAAAUGAUAGCAUAAUAGAAACUGAAUUAAAGGAUAUAAAUAAAAAUGAUAAUUUUGAUUUACUAGGCGAAUUAAGUAAUAAGCAAGUUGAUGACUAUGAAAAUAUUAGAAAAAAAAUACGAAAAUAUAUUCUUAAAUGCUUUGAAGAUGAAGAUAUUUUAAAUAAUCAAGAAAAAAAUUCAGAAAAUUUAUCUAAUGAAACAAAUGUUGAUUAUACGAAUUCUAAGUUAAGCUUAAGAAAAGAUAAAAUUAUUCAAAUAAUUACAUUCUCAUCUCAAGAAAAAUAUAAAAAAAAUAAACUAAACGAAGUAAACAGUAGGUAUUACAUUGAUUCAAAGCCUUUAGGUGAAAAAGAAAGAAGUGAUUGUGACAAUGUAGAUACCUUUAUUGAUGAUGAUUUAUUUAUAAAAGAAAUGACGGACCGAAUAAAAAAUAUGAAUAAUAAUUCAAAAAUAAGUAAAGAUAAAGAAGAAGAAACAAAUAAGAUGAAAAAAAAAAAUGAGAUAGAAGAAUUUAAUUUUACAGAAGAUGAUAAUAGUGAAAAUAUGAACCUUCUAAAUAAAAAGAAAAAGAAGAAAGCAAAAAAAAAUGUAACAAAUAUGAUUACUGAAAAUUCUGUUUUUGAUUUAAGGUUGAAUAAAGUAAUGGAAGAAUUUAAAGAAAAAAUAAAAAAUUGGUUAGUAAGAUUUCCAUAUAUAAAUUCUGAAAAUUUCUUUUUUCAUUUAUAUUUUUUAGUUGAAUCAUAUAAAGAUAAAAAAAUUUUAUGUCAACAUUGUGGUUCUGCUGAUUGUGAGAAAGAUGAAUUUUUAAGAUUUAAAUGUAAAAAUAUGUUUUGCUUUUUAUGUAAUAUAUGUGUAUUUGGAUGCAUGUGUCACAAUACAAGAACUCAGUAUAUCGCAUUUAAAUCUAGUAUUAACUUACUAAAUGAAUAUAAAAAUAUAAAAAUUCCAUUUAAAAGUAUAUCCUGUUUGAAGUGUUUAAAAAAUAACCAUUAUAAAUGUGGAAAUCCUCCAUAUAUAUUUGGAAAAUAUUCCUAUAAUUUUAGAAGAGGAUUUAGCAAUAAAAUAGAUCCAUCAUAUUACGUAUAUUUGAAAAAUCCUCACAAUAUAUGGGAACUAAAUAAUGUAAAUAUAGAUAAAUAUAAAAUUAAAAAUGAUAAAAAUAUUGUAUCAAGUUUAGAUAAAUACUCCAUAAAAAAUUCUAAUCAUAUGAAUGAAAAUCUUAAUAGAAGUAAUAAAACAAAGCAUAACAAUAAAUAUAACUCAAUUCAUGAUAAUGAUAGUAAUAAUAAUAAUAAUGAUUAUAAUUAUAAUAAUUAUAAUAAUUAUAAUAAUUAUAAUAAUUAUAAUAAUAAUGAUAAUAAUUAUAAUAAUAAUAAUAAUGAUAAUAAUUAUAACGAUUUUUAUAAUAAUAAUUACAAUAAUAAUGAUAAUAAUUAUAACGAUUUUUAUAAUAAUAAUUAUAAUAAAUUUAGUUCUUAUAAUACAGAAGAACAAAGAAAUAAAAAUCAAAAAGAAAUAUAUGAUAAAAAUCCGUUAAAAAAAAGUUCACAAAAAUAUAAGCAAAAAAGAAAUUAUCCUUUUAGUAGUUUAGAAAAUAAUAAUAUAGAUACAAAAAAUAAAAAACACAAAUGUUUAUAUCACGAUAACAAUAAAAAUAAUAUUAUAAAAAAUAAUAAUUAUAGUAGUCAAAUUAAUUUUAUGAAAAAUAAUAAUUAUAAUAAUCAAAUUAAUUUAACAAAAGAUAAUAUUUAUGAUACUAAUAAAUGUUUUACCAAAGAUAAUAGUUAUAAAAAUAAAUAUUUCCAAGAUAAUAAAUUCGAUAACAAUAAAUUUAAAAUAGAAAAUAAUUUUACUUAUGAUGAUAAUUAUAGUAAUGACAACAAAUGUUUUCAAAGCAACAAUAGAUAUUAUAAUAAAAAUAAAUUUAUGCAUGAUAAUAAUAAAAGUGAUAAUAAAAAUAAAUAUAAUGAUAAAAAUAAUAUUUCUAAAAAUUAUAGUAACUAUAUGCAAAGUAAAACAAAGGUAUAUAAAAACUCCAAUUUUUCAAAUGUUAAUUAUUAUAAUGAAUAUCAUAAUUUGCAAAAUAAAAAUCACAUCCAAAAUAAACUUAUAAUAGACGAAAACAAUAAUUCUCAUAUGAAUAGAAAUUUUUCUUCAGUUUUUCAUAACCAGAAUUCUAAUAAUAACGUAAAUAUAAACAUUAAAAAUAAGAAUUUUAAUAAUAACAAUAAUACUACAAAUAGUUACAAUUAUCAUAAUAAUAAAAGACCCCCUAAUUUAUAUAAAGAUGCAUUUAAAAACAAGAGUGCUAAUAAAAAAAAUAGUCAUCAUUAA